CUUUUUAGAUAUUAUUUCACCUUACAUCUCUUUACUUAUUUAUAGUCAUAUAGUGCCUACUAAUCGUAGCGUGAUAGUCUAUUAUAACUACCUAAGAAGUAUUCUAUAGGUAUUACAGUUUUCUCUUAAUAUAUAGUUGAGGUGGGCAAAUUAUCAAUAUCCAGGGCCUUACGCGAAGACAAAUCAAACACGAUGUAAAACAUUCGCUUUGCAAGACUAUACGUAUAUAUGUCAAUUGCGUGUAUAUACACAUGUACUGUGUACAGAUUCAUAACAGCAUAACCCUCCUCUACAUACAUAUCUACAGAUGCAUUCCCAUUCACCUCUAUCUCCUACCACCCACCCACCCCCGCUCGCUCCUUCCCGAUCCCACCCCGCCGUCUCCCAUCUACGUCCACCCAUCCAUCAAUGAGCCAGGCAGCGAGCGCGCCUCACCGCCAACCCGGGUAUACACGUGCGCACAACGGCACGGCGGAGAGCUAGAAACAGACAAAAAAAAAAAGGGAAGGCUUGGAUACAGAGAAAAAAAAAAUCAAGGGGGAUAAAAGAGUAAAAGACCAAAGAUGCAACCACCACGCUACAAAG